ACAUAAAAUAUUAGUGAGUGAGUGAGAGACCAGCAUCAAAUACAUGUAUAAAAUUCUGGUUUCAUUGUUUAAAUUCUACUAAAACCAUAUAAACCAAUCUUCACUUAACUUGAUACAAGCAGUGGGAGAAAAAUGAAUGAUUCUUCGUCUGAAGUUCAGGUAAAAGAAGAUAAGUACCGGUCUUACUUGUAUGGAGAAGGAGAGAAAGACACCAAAUGGAGAUAUGGUGUUCCUAACUACGAUGUAGUUAACAAGCUCUUUGAAGACGGCAGAACUAAGGUAUGGCCUGCUGGUUCUGUUGAAGAAGAGGUGCAAAACCUUGUCAAAACAUGGGAGAUGGAGAUGUUUCACAAAAUACGCUUAGAAGAUUUCAAAACCAUUGACCCAUCAAACUACAUGUUCAGUCUCAAUGGAAGAAAAUUAAUUUCUUUGGAGGAAAAGCGCAAGCAAGGUGGAGGCUACAACUCGUUAUUGCAGACUUCGUUGCCUGAGAAAUAUCGCCUCUAUAACCCAGCGGAAGAAACCACAGAUUCUGCUCAUGUAGCGUUCACAACAACGUUCCCUCGUGGCUUUGCUGUCGAGAUUAUGCAGGUGUAUUCUGGACCACCAGUUAUUGUUUACAAAUUCAGACACUGGGGAUUCCAAGAGGGUCCUUUUAAAGGACAUGCUCCAACCGGAGAAAAGGUUGAAUUCUAUGGCAUGGGCAUCUUUACGUUGGAUGAACGAAAGAAAAUCGUGAAGGUUGAAUUCUUCUUUGACAGAGGAGAACUACUUGGUGCUCUUGUCAAAGGUGACCAGACCUCGGAUAACUCUGUUAAUGAGACUGCAUCAGGCUGUCCUUUCUUGAAGAAUACAGGAUAAAAGUUCAGUUACCAUCACAGUUACAACAAAUGAAUUGUAUUUUCUCGUUUCCUUGUCUCUAAUGAUGUAUUUUCCUUUCCAUGAUAUGAAUAAGAUUCUGAGUAGAUGGAUAUGAGGACAUGUGAACCUGGGGUGUUUGCAAAAUGUCAUCAUUUGAGGUGUUGAAAGAUGAUGAAAUGUGAUUGUCUAUUUAUCCGCC